UUCACAUUAAUCGAGAUAGAGUAGCAAAUUCCUAGCAAUUACUAUUCAAGAAGUUUAAGGUGAAGGUCAGAGACUGUAUGGACUAUGUAUUGUAUCAAAACACUCGUAUAUGCAAAUAGUUAGACUAGUUGUUAGGCUAUUACGGUCACAGGGUCACGAGACUAGGAGCUCGGAAAAAGUCGACGCCAAAUUCAUUUGGUACCUCCCCGACAAACCUCCAUCCGGCAUUUUGUUGUCGCAUCUGGCACAAUCAGUUCCUUCUCCAGCUGUAUAGGUCAUCUGUUAUCGUCACAGGACACCAGUGGAUUGGACUCUGGUUGUGAUGGCGAAUCGCCUGACAGCUCCCAGGAGGCCUCUUCUGACCCUUCCGUUCCUUCUGUCCUCUCCUUUUGAGUGCGUUGCUCUAGGCUUGCAACGGAACCAGUCUUCAUACCGGCGCACAAAGCAGCGUCUCCGUGUUAAACCUGAUGCUUCAUUUGGCUCUUCUUUGAGCCACCCUCAAGAGGACCACAUCAUCUACAAUCCACCUUCCAGCGCACCUUCAGUGUACCACACGCCGACGAAAUUUUUACCUUCCGAUGAUAUCCGGAGAAACCUACGCACUACGUCGGUCAUUGACAAUAACGCUCAGUCGCUUCCUCCCGCAGUCAGGGCGUCGACUGACAAGAAAUAUCACCUAAAUCCGUCGGACAUACGAGAGAUUCGCCGGCUUAGAGCUACCGAUCCCAUGACGUGGAGUCGGUCGAAGUUGGCCAAGCGCUUCGAUUGUUCCGCCACGUUCAUUGCACUGGUGUGUGAGGCUAGUUCUCAGAAGAAAGAAAUUCAAAAGCGAGUCCUGGAAGCAGUGCAAUCGAGAUGGGGCUCAAAACGUCGGAUGGCUAGAGAAGACCGACAGUUGCGAAAGGAGACCUGGGGAAGGGAUCAGUAAAGCCCUAACUAGCUUUCAUUCCCCGUUGGCCAUUACAUCAAGCACACUAUCUAUUUCUCGCUUUGUUUUGCAUUGUAGCUUGGGCUUACCAAACUCCAUAACUUCCACGACAUUCAUACUGGAGCUCAAUCUUUUUAUAAAAUCAUGUAUUCUAGCGUCAUUAGUACUGGAAAUGUAUUGUAUUUUUAAAUGUGCAGUGGAUUUAUUAGCAC